AUGGUUAGCCUUAUUUGGGGUGUACCGGCAUGUGCCGGUGGGGAUAUAUGCAGAGGGCAGACUCGGCCUGCAGCUUCUCACCCUCGUCGUACAUGGUUUUCGUCUGAUCCUCCACCUCACCCCAGCUUCCCCCUUGCGCCCUCCUCUCCGCCAACCCCCGCCGUCCCAAGGAUACCGCCUGGAAUCUCGCGACCCUUGCCGGCUUCUCCCAAUCCGCCUAUUCCCCAAGCAAGUAGCCAUCAGACGACACAAGCAGCCAAUUAUUACAGCUUGCAUUCACAUAUGGCUGUCCCACUCACCAUCCCAUCUUCUCCCUCUGCGGUUAACUCCCCCACUUCCACCGACGGCUCGAACGGUCCGCAGACCCCCGUCUCUCCUACGACAUCUGUACAGACUCUAGCUUUGCCGCCACCCGUUGACGGCGGCACCUGCCCCCGCCGCAGCCAGCGUGCCAACACCGCGGAGCGCAGGGCUACUCACAACGCUGUUGAGCGCCAGCGCCGCGAGACUCUCAACGGCCGCUUCUUGGAUCUCGCCGCUCUGCUGCCGAAUUUGUCGCAGAUCCGUCGCCCUUCCAAGUCUUCGAUCGUCAACUCCAGUAUUGCGCACGUCCACUCUUCGCGCCGGCACCGUCUGUUGCCGCGCGAGAGCUACGCCUGCUGA